UUGAGGUUAUGCUGGCACCACUCGCACACAGGCGCACAAUGGUGUUAGCUGGGCAGAAAGAGUGGCAUCUCUGGCUACCGGGCUGGGGGCGACCUUUACCAUAGGAUGAAGUAACCUUGCAUUCGGCUGCAAGGUGUACUGUACGUACACAGGUGCUGGUCGAUGUCCACUUUCUGCUUUUCUUUCUUUUCUUUUCUUUUUCUUUUUUUUUUUUUUCCUUUAAAAAAAAAUAAUUUUCCCCACAGUAAAAUCUAGACUCCUGAGUAAAUUGAUUUUCCAGUUGAUGGAAUUGAGAGUCUGACAAGUGAACCCAAUUUAAUGUAAAGAAACUGGUUUUUGAGUGCUUCCUCUGUUUUUUAGAAUUUCUUAAGAUGCUGGCAGUACUUUAAAUCAUUGACCCUAUUAUUAUUAUACUUAUUUCCCUUUGGAAAUAAUGUGUGCAGAAAGGAAAUAGCAAGAGGAGGGAAGCUGUCUCACUAGACUUGCUGUAAACCUCCAAGCUUAAUCUAGCAGACUGCAGUAAGCAUUAGAAUCCGGUCUAGAACUCCUCACGAGACUGAGUCAAGUGGAUCCCAAUCCAAUCCAAGGACAGCCUGGGCACCUUAGUGAGACACUGCUUCAAAGCAAAAAAAAAAAAAAAAAAAAAAAGAAAGAAAAAAACAGCAAAAGAACCUUCUGCACAGUUUAGACUCUAUGUAAUCUUAUUUUUAAGUAAUUUAACUUUUACGCUGAAAAUGACUAAUGAUUCUAGUCAGUUUGGAAAAAUAAGACUGCUAAUUACAAAAAAAGCAUUGUAAUUAAAUACAUUAUUUUCAUAAAAUAGCAUUUUCGUUUGUAAUGUAGUUUAACAUCUUUGUUGUUUGCCAACAAAAUUACAUUUGGCUGUGAAAAUUCUCUUUUCUUGCAGUAUCUGUUUCUCUUCCUAGGCUCUCGGUGGUGACCCAAGCCUAUUGUAAACAAGUGAUUAUCUCAAAGGAGAUGCCAAUGGAGUAACAAUUUGCUAACAUUACAUUUUCUGUUUGUAUAUAUUUUUAAAAUUGGUAGUUUCUGGAAAAAAAGAGAAAGGGGUUUUCCUUUGGAAUAUGGAUACGUACACCAUGAUAAGGAGACUCGAAGGGCAUCACCAUGAUGUUGUAGCUUGUGACUUUUCUCCUGAUGGAGCUUUGCUCGCUACUGCAUCUUACGAUACUCGUGUGUAUGUCUGGGAUCCACACAAUGGGGACAUUCUGAUGGAAUUCGGGCACCUGUUUCCCCCUCCUACUCCAAUAUUUGCUGGAGGAGCAAAUGACCGAUGGGUACGAGCUGUGUCUUUCAGUCAUGAUGGACUGCAUGUUGCAAGCCUUGCUGAUGACAAAAUGGUGAGGUUCUGGAGAAUUGAUGAGGAUUGUCCAGUACAAGUUGCCCCUUUGAGCAAUGGUCUCUGCUGUGCCUUUUCUACCGAUGGCAGUGUUUUAGCUGCUGGAACACAUGAUGGAAGUGUUUAUUUUUGGGCCACUCCAAGGCAAGUCCCUAGCCUUCAGCAUCUAUGUCGCAUGUCAAUCCGAAGAGUGAUGCCCACUCAAGAAGUCCAGAAACUUCCGGUUCCUUCCAAAGUUUUGGAGUUUCUCUCCUACCGGGUUUAGAAGGAAGACUGCCUGUCCUGGGGGGCUGACAGACACUUCACCAGACAACACCUCCACCUCCAGCUUUACCCACUCAAGCAUUUGUUCUAAAGGCUCAGAAGAUUAUUUAAUUUGAUUGACUCUUCAUUUCUUUUGUUAGUUGAACUUUUAAAGUAUUAUUUAUAGACCAUAGAAAUAUUUCUGAACAUAUCAUGUAAUUUUUUUUUAAAGAUUAACUGUGAAAACAUAUACAUACCUGUAUAUAUUUAGAUACAAGCUGCUAUGUAUUGAAUGGGCCGUUCUAGUUUUUUUUUUUUUUUUUUUUUUUUUUUUGUUGUUUGUUUUUGUUUUUUUUUCGAGACAGGGUUUCUCUGUGGCUUUGGAGCCUGUCCUGGAACUCGCUUUGUAGACCAGGCUGGUCUCUAACUCACCGAGAUCCGCCUGCCUCUGCCUCCCGAGUGCUGGGAUUAAAGGCGUGCGCCACCAUCGCCCACCUCGUUCUAGUUUUCUAACUCAGUUCUGACCUGUAUAUAUUGCUCCAGUAGAGCCACGGUGUAUAUAUGUGCUGUUUGUUGGAACAAAUUCAAUGGAAUUUUUGGUCUUUUUUGUUGGGACACUGAGUUUAGAUAAUGCUGAAUUAAAGCAGAAUCUCCUCAUAGGAAAUGGGAUUAGUCGGGAUGGGUGGUGUCAGACAGGCGAGAGUUUUUGUGUAAUGAAAAGGUCUGCAAGAAUUGUGUCAGGGAGUUUGAAUGUGAUGUUUUUAAAAAGCCAGUACAAAGGUAGCUAGAAAAAGGUUGUUUCUCUGUAGGCCUUAAUUUUGGAAAGCAGCUACUUAACUCUCAGAGAAUAAAGUAUUAUCCUUUCUUGUCAGUUUCAAAAGUUACACCCACUGCAUUAUUGCUGAAUAUUUUUUUAAUACUAAGGGACAGUUGUUUUAAGACCAUGUUUUUUUUUUUUUUAAAGCAAACACAUAUUCUGUUUUUUGCAGAGAAUGAUAUUGGUGACUUACCAAAGAGAAGCAAUACAAUAUGUCUGCUUUUGCCUUCUGUUAUUUAUCUCAUCUGCAGAUGUUGAGAAUGUAUGCAUUAUGUAAAAUGCUUGUUUUAUAUCUUAAGUUUUUUAAUUAAAAGACAUAAAAAUACA